AUGGAAUGUUUAGAUGCAGAACUAGCUAAAUAUGUCCUUGACUUAGUGUCAACUUUUAAAACUAGAGGUGGUGUGAGAAGUAAUAACAAUAUAUGCUGGGGAUGUGGAGACGAAUGGCAAAGGUUGAUCGACAUAAUGCAAACAAAAAUUAAAAGGCCGGUUGGACUGUUAAUUUUAUUAUUCUGCAGUUACUUCUUUAUAUCAUUAGCCAAAAAGGCUAUACAGAAUGUGUACUCGCUAAUCCCAAAUGAAUACAAAGGGGCUAGAGAAAAUUCUCAACUGGGUUUGAUGAUAACAUCCCAAACAUUGGGUUACACAGUUACAAAAUUAGUCGGUGGAGUUCUUAUGGAUCGUCUUAAUCCACUCAAUGUAUUCAUAUAUUCACUACUCUUAAUUUCAGGCUUACUUUUCCUCUUAACAAUUUCAUCACAUUGGUUGAUUUGGCUAUUGCUCUAUGGAAUGUCUGGUUUAACGCUUGGUUCUGGUUGGCCGGCCGUAUCGAAGUUACUUCGUAUGUAUGUAGCUCCUCAAGAACUCGCCACUUGGUGGGGUGUUAUAUCUUCAUCUGCCAAUGUUGCCGGCUGUAUAGGUUCUUGGUUAUCAAUUGGAAUCUUUUCAGUUUCAACAGUAUUUCUUGGCAAUUUUGCGUGGCGAGCACCUUUAAUUUUUAUUGGGACUUGUUGUAUCAUAUCAGCCUUACUUCUGUUAGUGUAUCAACAUUUUCGAAUAGGAUAUCUUCCUAGAUCAGAUGAUAAAAUUUAUUCUAAGACCAUAUCGACAAAGUCUUCACCAAUUGAAAUUUCAAUGAAUAAUGAUCAAUCAAUUCCUAAGAAUCUUAAAUCAGAAUUAAAACACAGAGAAUGCUCUACUAAUCCGAGUUUAAUAUCUAAAUCAACAACUGGGUCGUACAAAUGUGCUAAAAAUAAUCAAGUAGAAAUUCCUGAUGAAAAAAUGGAAGAAAAGAAAAAUGCUAUCAAUGACAAUCAUGAUAAGUGUUUAACAACGCAUCCUGUAAAAUUGACUGUUAUUCAUCAAAUUUCAAAAUUAUUUCAAACUUUAAGUCCAAGACAGCGUUUAUUGUUAGGCAGUUCUGCUAUUGUUCAUAUGUGCAGUACAUUUCUACGCUAUGCAUUAGCUGAUUGGAUCGGAGUAAUGCUUUUAAUGAAUAAAGAUGCUUACUCUAAAAAUACAGCGAAUUUGGUUGUUAGCAGUUACGAAUGUGGAGGAAUAGUCGGCUGCGUGUUCGUAGGAGUAGUAGCUGAUAUUAAUUUAUUCAAUAAGCGUAAUUUAUGGGCAAGUCGUCGCAUGCCGUUUAUUAUCAUACAAAUGUCGAUUACAUGUAUUGCAUUACUUUGUUUAAGUUGGAUUGCAGAGCACAACGUUCCUUUGGCUGUUCCUUUGCUUGUUAGUUCAGUGCUUGGUAUUACUGUACUUGGAUCAAUUUCUUUAUGUGGUGUAUUAGCCGUUGAACUUGCUCCGCCUGGUCUCAGUGGUACUGCACAUGCGCUUAGUGCUCUCGCAGCAAAUGUUGGUGCUCUCUUAGCCGGCUACCCAUUCGCCCUUCUAGCAGAGCAUAUCAAUUGGUCUGGUGCAUUUUUUGUUGCUGGGAUAGCAUCUGGAUUAUCUGUUAUACCCUUUUUAUGCCUUUGAGAUAUUUUACUGCGAUAUUUAUUUAUUUAUUUUAUUGUCAAAUAGAUUAUUCUAUUUUGCAUUGUUUAUUUCAGAUAUUGUAUCUUUAUUUUGAUUGUAAACUAUUCACUAAAUACUCUUUCAGUCUCGAGUUAUUUUCAGCUUAUAUAUGGCUGUAUAAAUUCUGCUUUUUGUCAUUUGGUUCCAUUUCAUAUACGAAUGUGUACAUUUGCCUUCUACUAAAUUAACUUGUGUUUAUGCGCCUUAACUGGUGUGUCAACCUUAAUGAAUCACUUUUGUGUUCAACAAACAACCAGUACUUCGCAUUAUCUAUUAUUCCUUAGAAAUUUUUUUCAUAGUGGUGGUCGUCAUGUUUUACUAGUCUCUGAUAACUAAUCAGAGAUCUUUUACAUAAACUAACUUGGUGGCAUUUUCAAGAAGGUAGGAGCUUGAAUGUGUCGGCUUGUGACACAUGUCCUGUAACAACAAGCUAUUCAACAAUAAUAAAUACUAAAAGCAGC